GAAGAAGAAGAAAGGGGAAGAGAGAAUCUAUGCUUAUGCUCUCUUUCACAAUGUGUUGGUGUUAUAUCCCGUACCCCUUCCCCGCCCCCACCACCACUAGAUACCAUACUUGAUAGCUCACACUUGCCACUGCAACCAACUACUGUUUGUUUCUACAGCCGCAGCAUUCAGCUAACAACAUUAAAACAACAACAACAAAAUCUCUCUCUCUCUCUCUCUUUAUCUUCUUCCUGUCCAACUCCCCCACUCGAAUAGUUUAUUCUCAAAAAGUUUCUGAUUAUAUACACACACACUCGCCUAUAUUUUAUUUGUGGGUUUUGCUCAGAGGUCAGAGUCCUUCGAAAUCUCGACGCAAAGACUCUCGUUCUUUAUAUAUAAAGGACACUUCACUUUCUUUCUUUGUUGGGUAUUAUUUAUUUAUUUAUAUAUAUAUAAGUCGCUAGCCGGCGAUGCCGACGCCGGUAGGCGCAGCCAGGCAAUGUUUGACGGAGGAGGCGGCGCGUGCGCUGGACGACGCAGUGGCCGUGGCGCGUAGGAGGAGCCACGCGCAGACGACCUCGCUCCAUGCGGUGUCGGCUCUGCUCUCCCUGCCGUCCUCUGCUCUCCGCGACGCCUGCUCACGCGCCAGGAGCGGCGCGUACCCGUACACGCCGCGGCUCCAGUUCCGGGCGCUGGAGCUGUCCGUCGGGGUGUCGCUGGACCGGCUGCCGUCGUCGACGAAGGCGCAGGAGGAGCCGCCGGUGUCGAACUCGCUGAUGGCGGCGAUCAAGCGGUCGCAGGCGAACCAGAGGCGGCACCCGGAGAGCUUCCACCUGCACCAGAUCCACAGCCAGCAGCAGACGGCGUCGCUUCUGAAGGUCGAGCUCAAGCACUUCAUGCUGUCCAUUCUCGACGACCCGAUUGUGAGUCGGGUCUUCGGGGAGGCCGGGUUCCGGAGCUGUGACAUAAAGCUCGCGAUUGUUCACCCGCCGGUGACGCCGCAAUCCAAUCGGCUGCCUCGGACUCUGUGCCCGCCCAUUUUCCUAUGCAACCUAACGGACUCGGACCCCGCUGCGCGUCGGAGAUUCCCUUUCCCGUUCUCGGGAUUCGAGGAAAAGGACGAGAACUGCAAGAGAAUCGGGGACGUGUUGGUUAGAAAGAGCGGGAAAAAUCCGUUACUGAUCGGCGUUUCCGCCGCUGAAGCUCUCAAAAGGUUCAUUGAAGCGGUACAGAAAGGCAGAGCCUCCUCCCUUUUGCCUCCUGAGGUAAGUAGCUUUAGUGCAGUUUGUAUCGAAGAGGAGAUUUCGGAGUUUGUGGUUGAGGGUGGGAGUGAAGAGAAGAUGGGGUUGAAGUUGAAGGAGGUGGGUCAUUUGGCUCAGCAAUGUUCUGGAGAUGGAGGAGCUGGUGUGAUAGUCAACUUUGGGGAAAUGAAGGCCUUGGUUGAUGACGGGGUGUUGAGUGAUGCUUUGAGCUUUGUGGUGGUUCAGUUGAAGGGGUUGCUGGAGAUUCAUUGUGGGAAGUUGUGGUUGAUCGGCGCGGCGGGGAGUUACGACAUGUAUAUGAAACUUUUGGCUCGGUUUCCGGCUAUCGAGAAGGAUUGGGACCUUCAUCUCCUUCCCAUUAGCUCUUCUAAAGCUUCAGUCGAUGGAGUCUACUCUAAAUCCAGCUUGAUGGGGUCCUUUGUUCCAUUUGGGGGAUUCUUCUCUGGACCAUCUGACUUUACAAAUCCACUGAGCAGCACGAAUCAAUCUUUUAUACGCUGCCAUCAAUGCACAGAGAAGUAUGAGCAAGAAGUUGCUUCUAUUCGGAAAGAUGGAUCAGCCAUUACAGUUGGUGAUCAGUGCUCAACUAGCUCACCUUCUUGGUUGCAAACGAUUGAACUUGACCCUGGCAAGGGAGUGGAUCUUGCAAAGACCAAAGCAGAUAAUACGACAUUGAGUGAAACAGUAUUGGGACUGCAAAAGAAAUGGAAUGAUAUCUGCCGAAAAAUUCAUCAUGGUCAACCAUUCCCUAAAAUGGACAAUUGUCAAGCUGGGUCUCAUGUUGCAUCUCCUGAGGGCUCUCAUACUGCUGCAGAUAGAAGAGAAAGCAGCGGUGAAGAUUCAUCUAUACAGGAAAGCCGAAGUGCAAAACAUCACUGCCUUCCAAUGGACAUGCAAAAGAGUUUUCUGUCAAAACAGAACUUGGUAAUGCAAGUAGCUUCUGAUGCUGAGUAUGCUGGUAUGCAAUCCAAGCAAUUGAUCAGAGAUUCAAAGGGUCAGCAACUUGAACUGGGAAGCCCCUGCCGUUCACCUUUCUCAAUCCCCACUAUGAAUCUUCCCACUGAUCACACAUCAUCCUCAUCUGUCACUUCGGUGACCACAGAUUUAGGAUUGGGAACCUUAUAUGCAUCAACUAGAAAGGGACCAAGAAGUCCCAAGUUGCAAGAUCAUAGAGAGCGUCUCCGACACCUUUCUGGUUCCAUUUCUGCUGAAUUUGAUGCAUUAAGUGAGAAUAGUCCGCACCAAAUAGCCCAGUCCUCUUCCUGCUCUGGAUCUAAUUUUGGUGGGCAGUUUGAUCCAAGAGAUUUCAAGUCACUUAGGAGAGUUCUCACAGAAAAGGUUUGCUGGCAAGAUGAAGCAAUAUGCACCAUUAGUGAAGCUAUAUCCCGGUGCAGGUCUGGUGGUGGAAGGCAUCAUGGUUCAAAAGGCAGAGGAGAUAUAUGGUUGACUUUGAUUGGACCCGACAGGGUUGGAAAGAAGAAAAUUGCUAUAGCACUUGCAGAGUUAAUGUUUGGCACUAGGGAAAGCCUAAUCUCUGUUGAUAUGGGGGAGAGGGGAUGCCAAUCUGACUCUAUUUUUCAAUGGGAAUCCCAAGAUGAUUAUGAUGUGAAGUUUAGGGGUAAGACGGCUGUAGAUUAUGUUGCUGGGGAAUUAAGCAGGAGACCCCAUUCAGUUGUCUUCCUUGAAAAUGUAGAUAAGGCUGAUUUUCUGGCCCAGAGUAACUUGUCCCAGGCCAUUAGGACUGGCAAGUUUCCAGACUCUCACGGCAGAGAAAUCAGCAUUAACAACAUGAUCUUUGUAACGACUUCAGCUACCAAAAAGGGCAGCAAAAAUCACUACUUGGAGAAUGAACCCGUGAAAUUCUCAGAGGAGAUGGUACUUGGUGCCAAGAGGUGUCAAAUGCAAAUACUGAAUAUUGGGGAUGCCAGCCAAACGAAGGGCAUGAAUGUGAGGAUUGCACCAAGAGAAGGAAGCUUAAACUCAUCUUCUGUAAAUAAGAGAAAGCUGAUUGACAGCAGUGCCUCCAUAGAGGAAACCUCAGAGUUACAGAAAAGGGGCAACAAGGCAUCAAGGUCCUUUCUGGAUUUGAAUCUGCCUGUUGACGAGAUAGACGAGGGAAUGAACUGUGGAGAUUAUGACAGUGACUCCAUCUCCGAAAACUCAGAAGCCUGGAUGGAAGACUUCCUUGAUCAAGUUGAUGAAGCAGUGGUUUUGAAGCCAUUCAAGUUCGACGCUCUUGCUGAGAAAUUAGUAAAGGAAAUCAACCAAGAAUUUAAGAAAGUCUUGGGAUCUGAGUAUCAGCUGGAGAUUGACUUUGGAGUCAUGGUUCAAUUACUUGCAGCUUGUUGGUUAUCAGACGAGAAGAAAGCAGUGGAGGAGUGGAUUGAACAGGUUCUCUCCAGAAGUUUUGCUGAAACACGUCAGAGGUAUCGUCUCACUGCUCAUUCUGUAAUAAAAUUGGUUGCCGGUGGAGCACUUUCGGUGCAAGAGCAGACUCCCGGUGUUUGCCUUCCUGCUAGAAUUAGUCUGAACUAAUUUUGUGCUUACUGUGCUUUAUGUAAUUACAUGUAUAAUGUAGCUCUUAGCAUAUAGCACUUGGCAUUAGAAAAGCUUUGUUUUUCUAGUCAAUCUACAUGAUUUUUUGGGUAAAUCAUUCUGUGUUUGUAGAAUGUACAAAUUCCUCUAGAUCUUGGAGAGUUACUUGUCAAGGUUGUAACUUGUACCCUA